ACGCAUGAAGCAUGACGCACGACGCACAGCGUUUUUAUCACGGAGUACUUCUGAACAUGGCGACGUUAGUGAUGCGAUUGCAUAGGGGUGUUUUCUUGGCUUCGGCCUUUAGUCCUCGAAACAUCGCCUGGAGAUCAUCAUCCUCGGCAGCGAGAGCUGUGGGCGUGUCCUCAGUGAAGCCUCUACCUGAUAGGGUGAAAAUCGUGGAGGUGGGGCCGAGGGAUGGCCUGCAGAAUGAGAAGACCAUCGUCCCGGCGGAAGUAAAGAUACGGCUGAUCGACAUGCUUUCAGAAGCGGGACUUCCUGUCAUCGAGGCAACGAGCUUUGUCUCUCCAAAGUGGGUACCUCAGAUGGCAGACCAGGUGGAGGUGAUGCAGGGCAUACACAGACGGCCGGGAGUGAUCUACCCUGUCCUCACGCCAAACCUGCAGGGCUUCCAGGCCGCGGUGAAGGCCGGUGCAGGUGAGGUGGCCAUAUUCGGCGCCGCCUCAGAGCUCUUCAGUAAGAAGAACAUUAACUGCUCCGUGGAGGAGAGCCUGCAGCGCUUUGAGGAGGUCACCAGGGCGGCGAGAGAGGCCGGUGUACCCGUGCGAGGGUAUGUUUCCUGUGUGCUGGGGUGCCCUUAUGAAGGACAGGUAUCUCCGGAAAAGGUGGCUCAGGUGGCGAAGCGGCUGUACUCCAUGGGUUGCUAUGAGAUCUCCCUUGGCGACACCAUCGGCGUGGGAACCCCGGGGAGCAUGUGCCGGAUGCUGGAGGCGGUGAGCCGGGAGGUGCCGGUCCACGCCCUGGCUGUGCACUGCCACGACACCUACGGACAGGCGCUCGCCAACAUCCUGGUCGCCCUGCAGAUGGGGGUGUGUGUGGUGGACUCCUCCGUCGCUGGGUUGGGGGGGUGUCCGUACGCUCAGGGGGCAUCGGGGAACGUGGCCACAGAGGAUGUGGUGUACAUGCUACAGCUGGCACCUGGGGCACUACACGGGGUAGACCUGGCUAAGCUGAUGGACGCUGGAGCGUUUAUCUGUCAGACACUGAACCGGAGGACCAGCUCUAAGGUGGCCCAAGCAUCCUGCAAACUCUGAGCAGCCAGCAGGGGACGCUGUUUCCUGGCCCUUAGGCCUUUUUACACUCCACAUUGCACUUGGGGCAUGCAGCUGAAGAUAUUAUUGUAUUUCCUAUCAAGAUACUGUGACCCCCUAGAGAUUUGGUUAUGGCUGGUGUCAUAUUUAUUUACAACUGAGCAUUAAUCAGAAGUCAUGCAGGUCUGGAUUGUGUUUUGACUGAUUGUGACUGAAUCCCUAACCAUUCUGAAUCAUUAAGAGCAUAUUGCGGCAGAUUUAGAGACCGAGUGAAAGACUCUGCAACUGCAGAUGAAUAUUCACCAGUCAGGACCUGGCCUUGAAUGUUCAGUGUUAAAACAGCAGAAAUGGUGUGAAAUGAAGUGUGUGUGUUGUCCUGGAAGUGGAGUUGGAACACCCCAAUGGAAACGGUGCCUUAGAUUCAUCAUCUCUUACACUGGGUUUGAACUCUGACCUCUUGCACAGGUAAUUUUUAUAAUAAUUAAAAGGGUUUGUGGUCUCUCUCAGUCAUAUGUGUGAGUGUGGCGGUGCUGCCACUGUGAUUAUGGGGCAUUCUUAAUAAUUCUUAAUUUUUCUUCAAAUCUCAAGUUUUUGUCCAUCUUGCAAGAUGAAAGAAUCAUGCAUAAGACGUUGUAAUUAAAGAAGAAACCAGCGUCAUCCCGUAUUUUUAAUAGACAUAAGAAAGGUAUUUCAUGUAUUACAUACUUUAUAAUGUAUGUAUGUUUAAACUGAUCUAUGGAGAGUUCUUCUGGAUCUGCGGAGGCAUUGUCGCCCCUGCGCUGCUGUAUUAAGUUUGUCCGCUCAAACAGUGUGGCCCGGUACAACCACUAGGCUAUGGCGAGGUUAAAUACGACGUUUAAAAAGAUACAUGUUUUUUUUUUUUUUUUUUAACAGUAAUUAUGUUGAAAUGCGCUUCUGUCAGGGUGUUUUUUGCUUGAUGCAAAUGGGUCUAAAUUGUGAACUCUAAGUUGUUAGUGGGCGAAGCACGAACCCUUCUGCGUAAUUCCUGCUUUGUCUCGUGCCUUGUAGAAUUGAUGAAUAAAGAUAUGUCUGUACCAUGGGGAAGGAGUUAUACCGCAGUUUGGUGGUUGGAAUUAAACUUUUGUUUCCGUUUAUAUUCAGUUUUGAUUUCCUUAAUGUCUGACAUUUAAAAAAAUCUUUUGUGCGUGUCCUUGAAUUGAGACGAUCUUUUUCUUUGUAUUUAUUAAACGAUUAUUCAAAUA